UUUUUUGCCCUUCUCCCAAGUUCAUCACUCUGCCGUCCUCAUCUCCACAGCUUGUGCAUACUCAGAUUGCUCUGAGGAUGCUGGUGUUGGACAACCAGGAGGAGCUGCAGGUGCUGAAAAGAGAGCUGCAAAGUUGCUUUCCUGAGUCCCUGAAGGUCUAUGGGGCUGUACUGAACAUCUGCCAAGAAAACCCCUUUCAUCAGGAGGUAGUCGUGGAUUCCUGGCCCAGCUUUCAUGUUGUCAUUGCGCGGCCCCAAAGAGAGAAAGCUUCAUCGGAGACCAACUACUUUGCCCGAUCCUGUGCAGUUUUCUAUAGGGAGCUGGAUGCCUACCAGCAAUUGGUUAAAGAUACAGAUGCCGUUGACUGGGGCCAAGAAUUCCUAUUGCACGGUUUGCAGGAUGGUGUGUAUCAGGUGUCUCAGACCCUAGCAGCUGUGAAACACUUCUCUGCAAAGCUGGUGUCUCAGACUCGGGUUUUUGUUCUGCAGAAGCCCUUGAAUCUGUCCACUACCACAUCCAUGGCAGGCUCAGGGCUGAAAUUCUCAUCCCUCAAUGUGACCCAAGUCGCCCUGCUGAAUGACACUUGGAGCGUAGGUGGCAAUGAGCAGAGCCUCCAGUACUUGACGCGACUGAUCAGCUCUUUUCCCAGUAGUUGCCUUCUAGAUGCUGGAGGAUGUCCGAUCUCUUGGGUGCUGCUGGAUCAGUUUGGAUGUUUGACCCACGCUUACACCAUGCCAGCUCACAGGGGCAAAGGCUACAUUCAGCAGGUGAUAGCAGCACUAGCCCAAAAGCUAGAGGAGAUGGACUUCCCAGUGUAUGGGGAUGUCCUGGAAAACAACGCACCUAUGAAGAAGGCCCUGCAGUGCCUUGGGGCCCACUUUACUUCUUGCUUUUUGUUCUAUGACCUGCAUAGCCCCAGGGCCCUGCAAUGAGAGGCGCCUCAGAUUCUAAGUCAUUGGAAGCACCCUAAGCAGCCCGAUUCGGAGCCUUUGAAAAUUAUCUAGUAAUAGUAGAACUGGUUGUAUUUCUGUAGCAAACUGUUCUUCAGCUGUCAACACUCAGGGUUUACAGUGUCACGGUUAAUCAAAUCAAAGAAAGCCCACCGGGAUGUCUGAAAUCUCUGCUUAACCAAUCAAGAAUGCAGCUCCCCAUCUAUGCUCCCACGAAGCUCUUGUGAUCUCCCUCCCAUACAGCUGUGGCUCAGUGGUAGAGCAUCUUGCUUCGCAUACAGAAAGUCUCAGUUCAGUCACCACCAUCUCAUUAAAAGGACCAGGCCGUAAGUGACGUGAAGGCCUCUACACGAAGCCCUGGAGAGCCGUUGCCGGUUUGAACAGACAACAGUGACUCUGAUGUACCAGAUGUCUGAUUCAGUAUAAGACAGCUUCAUGUGUUCAUGUUUCAGGGUCCGAUAAUGUCUGAUAAUGAAUGUCUUUGAGCAGUGCUUUAAGGAAAAUCAGUCUUUUCUUCUAGGGGAAUGAUAUUUUGACAUGCAAGUGCCCAAUCUUGGGCUUACUUACACAGAAGCGAGUCGCACUGCGUUCAUGGAACUUUCUCCCAAGUAAAGGCAUAAGUUGAUGCAAGUGACUGUUGAGCUAUGUACUAUUACAAUACUUUUAACUUUGUGGUGUUCAAAAUCUAAUUAAAAGAUAGAUUAGUUGUA